CCAACCCUAAAAAUUUCAUCUCUCCCAUCAUCUGCUGCUGCACAUGCUAAGAUCAUAAAAACUUUGUUACAGAGAAUCCAAGAGCCUUGGCACAAGCACAAAUCCUCCCUCCCUCUCUCUCUAGAUCUCUCUCUCACUACAACACUCACACGCAGUUCAUUUUUAACUCGUGUUCCAGCGUUCUAUAAAUAGAAUAGUCCUUUUUUUCAGUUUUUCUUUUUAGGGUUUGAAGAUUGUUACCCUUUUGGUUAAAGAAAGUUCUUGGGUGAGGAAAGAGGAAAGUGAAGCUUUACCACCGAAACCCAGCAAAUUACACACACGCACAUAUAUUAGUUAGAUAUAUAUAUAUAUACAUAUAUGUAUAUAUAGGUAGGGAUCAUGGGUAGGGGGAGAGUGGAGCUGAAGAGGAUAGAGAACAAGAUAAAUAGACAGGUUACAUUUGCAAAGAGGAGAAAUGGUCUGCUCAAGAAAGCUUAUGAGCUCUCUGUUCUCUGCGAUGCUGAGGUUGCUCUCAUCAUCUUCUCCAACCGCGGCAAGCUCUAUGAAUUCUGCAGCACCUCCAACAUGCUCAAGACACUUGAAAGGUACCAAAAAUGCAGUUAUGGUUCGUUAGAAGUCAACCACCCUGGCAAGGACAUCGAGCAAAGCAGCUAUAGGGAGUAUCUAAAACUAAAAGCCAAAUAUGAGUCCCUACAACGAUAUCAAAGGCAACUUCUUGGUGAUGAUCUUGGGCCUCUGAACAUCAAUGAUCUCGAGCACAUUGAACAUCAAUUGGAGACAUCAUUGAAGCACAUUAGAUCUACAAGAACACAGGUUAUGCUUGAUCAGCUUUCUGAUCUUCAAUCAAAGGAGAAGUUGAUGCUUGACGCUAACAAGGCUUUGGAGAGAAAGUUUAUGAAUGUUGAUGAUGAUCAGUUGGAAGAGAUAUAUGCUGCAAAUCAGCUUCAGCAAUCGUGGGUAGGAGGAGGUGGGGAACACAGUAACACCUAUGCUCAUCACCAUGCUCAAUCACAGGGCUUCUUUCAGCCUCUUGAUUGCAACUCUACUCUCCAAAUUGGGUAUAGUGACCCAGUGAGUUCAAGCCAGAUGACAGCAGCAACAGAGGUUCAAAAUGUCAAUGGAAUGGUCCCUGGCUGGAUGCUCUGACUCUGAUUUGCAAUAUGAAUUUUGCAAGUCUACUAAAAGAAGCAUAUAUUAUAUUUCUAGUAUUUGUCUUAAAAUAAUGGGGUGAAGCACUAAUAUUUGGACCUUAAACCAACUGUAUGAACCAAGCAAACUGAUGUAUGGCCAAACCAAAGGGACUCUGUUUUGCCUUAACUACUCAGACUCUCAAUCAAGUUUCUAUAUAUGUUGUAAUAUUUGGGUUUUAUUCUA